AUGGAGACUCGCGCAGUCGCUGAAGACGAGGCCCGUCAACCGUUGCUAUCCAACCAAGAUGAUUGUCACCGUCCUGCCAACCAAGAGCAGCUCAACAGCCAUGCGCAGACUGAUUCUGCCACAAAGGACGACCCCGACGACCCCGAUCAGUGGCACUGGCUCGAGCGUCUGAUUUUCAAGACGCGUCUGCGUUUCUACAUCUCUGUCUGCGUAUUCUUCGUCUUCUGGACGCUGAUCGCCUGUCUUGAACAGAGUCCAAUGAUGCCAUGGCACGACAGACGAUGGCCUUGGAACAAGCAUCCUGACUAUAACAAUGACGUGGGCUUCUGGCGUGCCCUCUCAAGGCUUGAGGACCAGCCGUUCUGCCUUCCUGAUCUAGAGCUGCUCCAGCCGUCCGACAUUAGUUUGGACCGAGAUGACUUGAACGCAGAAGCUCGAUGCGCUUCUCAAGUUACCUUUCGGUUGGACAACGGUACCGCCUCCGUUGGCGCCUUCUCUCGAUUGCAGCUGUCUAGCCUUUUCAAUUGGAUCGGCGCCGACUUUGACAGUCUGGCAGGCUCGACAGUCCGCGAGCAAGCUCGUCGCUCUCGCGAAUCUGUACAGCUCGUCAUGUCGAUUGCUGGAGGCGAGCCUUUUUACACAAGAAACGCCAGUACUGCUGCCACAAGCAAAACUGAACGUAGCUUUCGUAGCCUCCAACUUUGGAGAGCCUUGCAAAGGUUGAGUCUGAGUCUUCAACAUCAUUCUGGCCAAGCCAUCACCGUUGAAGCUCUUCUAGUGGCUCUGCAGAUGGAUAACAGUCGUGUUGUAUCCGAUCCAAGCCGUACCGAUGACGCUUCGCUAGAAAUCCCUGUGGUAGAGACGACACUAUUCGACACGCACAAAUUCGUCCAGUCCCUGGCGGCUACCUAUCACGGCUUAACACAGUCGUCCAAUAAGACGCUUCUCGAUCAGCGCGUCGUUCGCGACUACCUUGGGCCAAAGUCGUUUAACACGGAUGGAAACACGGCGAAUACGCGCUCUACUUUCAGCACAAUCCAAUGGAACGUACGAGGCCGCGGAGAUGGUGCGCUUUAUGCUGUUGGUCGUCGGAAUUUCUUCAACUCGAUGCAACGCGCUGGCAGAUCGCUCCACUUUCAUGUUCUCAACGAGGUCUACAGCGAUCAAGAACUGUCCAUCUUGCUUGAUCUGCAUCGAGGCGUCGUCAUGACUGCAAGCGCCCACCUUGUACCUUUUAAGGAUGACCAGCCUUCCAGUAACAACGGCACUCCGCAAUGGGGGCAGUCCGAACGCAGCACCAACGUCUGGGACUGGAUGCGUAAAUCGUACGCCAACAUUCAGUAUGAGCUCGAUUCGUUUAAGGAGAACCGACGCUGGCGUGCUGUGGGCGGCACGUAUCGAUUUGACAAACACGCCUCUCGUUCCUCUGCAGAAAGCGUAUACGACUGGCUCGAGGUGGACAUCGAGCUGAGCGAAACAGCGUUGUGGAUCACUCGAAUCGAAUAUGCUCCCGCAGGCAAUCAGAGCACGUCGGGGUCGGGAUCGGGAUCGUCACUAUCGGUGCUCAAAAAAUACAAUGCAGGCGGAACGGCCGACUUUUUUGCAGGAUGGACCUGCGCGGACUCGAUCGAAAAACUCGCCGACUGCUAUCGUCCUCGUAUGGGUGACGAUGACAGUGCAUGCUUCUGCACUCAGUCCAAGUUCGGUACGCGCUCCAGCUAUCGUGUCGGACUGUGGCGCUUACUCGCCUCGCACAACCACACCAUCUACGAGAUCCCGCGUGGUGCAGUGCGGCUCGACACUUACAGCUACAUGGAUCAAGCGCAAGGCGGCUGCCCUGCGCUCUGGAACCGCUUCAACGUAGAUCCCGUGCCCGAGAUCGAGUCGCUUGGCUACAAAAUCAAGCUAACCGAGCCAGUACACUUCGCGAAUGGAAGCGUUGCUCACCAAGCAGAGCUCGAAUGGCUGGACAGCGCACUCACUCUAACGCGGAUUCGAAGCACCGAGCCUCGAUACUAG